UGGGAUUUAUGCAGAAGAUUUGCUGAAAGUUUGGAUUGAACGUUUUUUUAUGUUAGUUUUGUCAUAAAAUGGGUUGUAAACAAGGAAAACAGGUCCAGAUACAGCCUGUCGGAGCUGCUGAGGUUAGACAUGACAACAUCAACAUUAGGAAAACAAAGAGUGAAAUUUCAGAAUAUGACAUUGACGAAAAAACAGGCUUAAAAGUGUCGAAAAAGAACAACAAAAGAACAAAAUCUUCAAAAAGUACCAGGAGCAAGGAUUCAUUAGGUUCAUGCCUUAGUCUAGAGGAAAGAAACUCCAUACCAGAUUCAGCGAGAGGCAACUCCGCCACAUCCAAAUUCUCAAAAAAUAGUGCUGAUUCAGGCUUCGGAGCUGAGUAUGCCCACGUUAUAACUGAGGAGUCGGACACAAGCCGAGUUAGGGAUGUGGAAAACAGUUUCGUCCCCAACGAUUCACUGGAACUUGGAAUCACUGGCACGGCCUGUCCCACCCGCCUUAGUGCCAAGGAUAAGGAUCGUAUGGAGGAGUCAAUGGUGCUUCAGUCUCUCCGGGAGGAGGGAUUAAUUGCCCGUCCACAUGCAAAAUCCUCCGGGGGUACAAGCUUCGAAAUUGUGGCGGCAGAGGAUUCGCUUCUCGGGGAAAGAAACGGUAUACCUCGGCCACCACCAAGAUUAGCCAAGUUGGAAAGACGACGAAAAAAGAAGAAACAGCUGACAGAAGAAGAAAUUAGGGAAAAACUUGAGAAAGCUGAAAGGAGGAAAAAGCGUAAAGAACAGGAGCGUCUGGAAAAGAUCCAGAAACUGGAAAAAAGCAAAGACAGCGUAACUCACGCGCUUGAGAAAUUCAUGGUUAGUCAGGAAAAGAAAGAUAAGGAAGUUCACCAGAAAAUAGACACUGUAGCCGAUAAACGUGAAAAGAGGCUUCAAGAAAUCAAGGAAAAAAUGGCGAAGCGAGAAGCCCACGCCGCCAUGGUAAGGAAACGUAAGGAACAGGAAAUGCUUCAGGGCAACACAAACCCCAUGACGAGCGAGUAUCCAGAGGGGGAACAAGGUCAAUGA